CAACUUACCUUCUCGGUUCUUCGUCUAUAUCUACUUCAUUCUGCACAAUUUGCACACAAUCCAACUCGAGAGAAAGAGAGAAAGAAAUGGCGUGGUUGACUCGAUUCCUGACGGCGGUGGCUUUUCUCGCAAUCGGAGUGGUAUUUUCGCCGGAUACCUUUGGAUCAAACUCCAAAACCUUUAAUGCGCCGAAUGUUUCGAUGUAUCUCAAACUGGCUCACCUCCUCAGCUACUCCACUGCUUGGGGCGUCUCUCUUUGGGUCACCUUCAUCGGCGGCGUGAUCACGUUCAAGAAUCUGCCGAGGCACCAAUUCGGGAAUCUUCAAAGCAAGAUGUUCCCUGCUUUUUUCUCACUGGUUGGGGUUUGCUGUGCUACAUCCGUUGCAGCUUUUGGUUAUCUUCAUCCAUGGAAGUCUUCAGCAACUCCUGAGAGGUACCAGCUUGGGUUUUUGAUCUCGGCGUUUGCUUUUAAUUUGGCCAACCUGUUUGUCUUCACGCCCAUGACCAUCGAGCUGAUGAAACAAAGGUACAAAGUUGAGAAGGAAAUUAACAUUGGCGACGAAGUUGGGUUGUCAAAAAAUGUAGAAGUUGCAAAGGUGAACCCAAAACUUGCAGCAAUGAACAAGAAAUUCGGGAUGAUUCAUGGCUUGUCAUCUCUUGCCAAUAUCUUAGCAUUUGGUAGUCUGGCUAUGCACUCCUGGUAUUUGGCAGGUAAAAUUAAUCUUUAACUCACAAGUGUAUGACAGUAAUUUACACCCUUUAAGCAAUUGCCUCAUUGCUCCUCUGUUAGACUGUCAUAUAUUGCUGUAGUACAAUAGAAUUGCCUGUUUGGAUGGUUUGAUAAAGAACAAAGUGAGAAUAAAAGUUGUAUCCACAUCAUUGUCCAUGUUUAUA